AUGUAUCGAGAUCUCUCCAGCCUUGAGCAGAUAAUGGAGGGGGUGGAAGCCUGGAGUUGGGAUACCCCAGGAGAAGGCCCUCCGUCGCCUCAUGACAUCGCACUGCGGGCUGUUAACGUUGCCGAGCCUGAAGAUGUUCUUCAAACGAAGAUCGUGCCGGUAGCCGAGGUUGCUGCGAACAUCCAAAGAUGGACUCCCACUUUAGGCGCGGAACUGGAAUCGAUUACGACCGAACACCGAGCUGGCACCGUGAUAAGCAACGAACAGGCCGAUCGUCUUGAAUCCAACCCGGAUCUCGAUAUAGUGAAGAUCCCGGGUAAGAUCGUAGCGACGAUCCGUCGCCAGAAGUGUCGUGUGGUUGCCUGCGGGAACUAUUUGCAAAGGCCCAAGGAGAGAAAAAGUCCAACCUUAGACCGGAGAGACAUAUACUCCGCGGGGCUGGACACGAUAUCCCUCCGGUCGCAAAUCGCCACCGCGGCACACAACGGCUGGAUCGGUGCGACCAUCGAUGUCAAAACCGCGUUUUUGACCGCGCCAUACCAGCCUCCCAGGGCUCAGCGCAAAGAAAGCAAGAAAAGGGUGGUGUUGGUGCGCGUGCCACGUGUAAUGGUACUUGCAGGCCAGCGGGCAGCUGGAUCCAAGUGGAAGGCGGUCACAGUCGGUACACUUGGGGUGUACGUUGAUGAUCUCCUGGUGAUGUCUGAGAAGGGCCAUCUUGACGCUGCGCUUGCUGCACUCCAGUCUCUGUGGCAAACGUCCAAGCCUGAGUACAUAUCUCAGAAGGGAGGGUUGUGCUUUUGUGGGCUGCAAAUUGAACAGGUGGAAGAUGUAAUCAAGAUCCACCAGCGCACUUACCUGUGUGAGCUCAGGGACCGCUACCCUGAACUUGUUCCAAAAGCAGCUUUGCCAGAAUUCCGUGGCGAGCCUCUGGAUGAGCAACCGUGUCCGGAGGCCAUCCAUGCCGCUCAGAGAAUUAUUGGCGAGUUAACAUGGGUGGCUGGGCGAACACGCCCGGAUAUAGCCUUUCACGUAAACCGCAUCAGCAGAAUGACUGCGCGCUACCCUUCACAAGCAUUAGGUUUAGGAAAGCAUGUGCUGCAAUAUCUAUUGGCCACAAUAGACUUCGCAAUCUGCUACUGCCCUACCCCUGUUGUGCCCAAGUCCAUGCUGGACGAGCUUCCUGUCCAUCCAGCGCCUGAUGUCUUUCAGAUUUGGGCCGAUGCUUCUUUUGCACAGGCUGAUGCCCGCUCGCAGACGGGAGUGAUGAUAACUCUGAACCUCCAACCGCUGGCUUGGAUCAGUGUGCAGCAGCCGUAUGUUGCACUGUCUACUUGCGAAAGCGAGCUUGUUGCUUCCACGGAGGAUAAAGUGGAGCUAAAGAGCCUGUACAUCCCUGGUGGACCACUGUUGUUCAAGCUGCUAGUCUGUGCGAUCAUCCAGCCUGUCAGUGCCCAGG